AUGUCUUCCAGAACUGCUUUCCGUCUCACCAAGGCCGCAGCGCCUCUUUUCUCGAUUCCUCGCGCCACUGCUCCCCGAGCUGUCCCAGCUGCCACCCGCGCUUUCCAGAAGUCGGCGAUCCGCCAGAAGAGUGAUGUCGUCGCCGAGACCGAGAUCCCCGUCAGCGUCUAUUCCACUGAUGCCAAGGGCACUGGACAGAGCUCCAGCGACCACUACUCCAUCCCCGUAUCACGCGAGAACGCCAAGCCCUCUGCCAUCUCCAGCGAGCCUGAUGACACUGUCACUCCUCUGACGCAGAAGGUCUACAGCUCACUUCCCCCUACCAUGCAGAAAAUGUCCAUCAUGGACAAGGUCGUCGUCGUCACUGGUGGUGCCCGUGGUCUAGGCAACUACAUGGCACGCGCCUGUGCUGAGGCCGGCGCCAAGGCCCUGGUCAUCUUCGACGCCAACCAGGAGCUCGGCGAUGAGUCCGCCGCUGAGCUGCACGCCAAGACCGGCCUGCCCGUCACUUUCUUCAAGGUCGACGUCCGUGACGGUGCUGCCAUCAACGCUGCCGUCGACUCUGUCGUCGAGCUCUACGGUGCUCCCGACGUUCUGAUCAACUCGGCCGGUAUCGCCGACUCCAACAUCAAGGCCGAGACGUACGACCCUGCCAUGUUCCGCCGCCUCAUCGACAUCAACCUGACUGGUUCCUUCCUCAUGUCCCAGGCUGUCGGUCGUGCCAUGAUGGCCGCCAACAAGCCUGGUUCCAUCGUUCUGGUCGCCUCCAUGUCCGGCAGCAUCGUCAACUACCCUCAGGAGCAGUCCUGCUACAACGCCUCCAAGGCCGGUGUCAUCCAGUUCGGCAAGUCUCUCGCCGCCGAGUGGGCCAAGUACAACAUCCGGGUCAACUGCAUCUCCCCCGGUUACAUGGACACUGCCCUCAACCGUGUCCCCGCCCUCGAUGCCCAGAAGAAGAUCUGGAAGAGCUUGACUCCCCAGGACCGUCUGGGUGCCGUCGAUGAUCUCAACGGCCUUGCCGUCUUCCUCGCCUCCGACGCCAGCUCUUUCAUGACUGGCAGCAACGUCAUCAUUGAUGGUGGUUACACCUGCUAUUAA